AACAAGGUUUAAAUUACUCAUUACUGCCUGUAUACUGAAUCAGUUCUGAUCAUUUCACUCAGUACGCAAUUCCGAGGCUGUGUCAUUUGAAAAUGCUCGGCCACUCCGUGUCUCUUGCUACCGUUCUGCUUGCCCUGAGCGGCAGCUUCGCGAACGCUCAUGGGUCUCACUCGAAUGAACAGAAUCCUUCUUCGGACUGGGCUUCUCGGCACAUGCAAGAGGAGCACCACAUUGAUUCCUUUGAUCCUGCAUCCUUCUUCACUUUCCACGACUAUGAUAACUCAGGGGCAUGGACAGCCGAUGAGGUACGGAAGACUUAUGGUCUCGACGAUGAGUCAAAUGCAGGUGUCAGUGAAGAGCGCAAGCAGCAGGCUGUCCGGGAAGUAUUUGGGCUAUUUGACCCUGGGAACUCUGGAUUCGUUACUCGAGAUAACUGGAUGCGUCUGAUUUCCGAGGGCAAGCGUCUGCCUGAUUUCGGGUUUGGACCUGGCCACCAUGGCGACAUUGAAUAUGAAUAUGAGAUUCAUCAUUUCGAGAAGUAUCAUGGAGAUGAUGCCAAGGAGGAAGACCUCACUCAUCCAGAAGAUAUUGAGCAUUUCCGGAGGCAUGAUGAGGAAGACGACGCUGCUUAUCGGCUUGAGCAGCUUGAGAGGAUGCAGAUCGUGGAAAGGAACAUACCACAGAAGUUCCUCAAACAUGUUUAGAACGUGUAUAUGUAAUACGUUAUGCCAUUCUGUACAUAUAAUGUUCGAAAUGUUUACCUACCACCUACCAUUGCA